UCUGCAUCUUGAUAUCUAAAACACUUUUUCACUAAUUCUGACUAGGAAAAGAAAAUCUAAAAUGGACAGCGACGGCGUCAUUCAUCAAUUAGACGAAGUUUUAAACAACGAAGAAUCUUUGUACAGACCCAAAGUGGAUGAAAUUAGUAAUGCUGAGAGCGAAGAAGGGCUUCAUUUAGAACACAUUAAAUACCCAGAACAUUAUGAAUAUCAUAUGAAGAAAGGAGGACAAUUCAAAACAAAGGCACCUGUUGAUUUGGAUUCUGAAGAUAGCGUCGGUCCAGGUUGCGGCUUAGAUGAAAACUCUUGCAAUGGCAAAUGUGCAUUGUUUUGGGGAGAAAGAUGCAUGUGUACAACAAGAAAUACAUUUCUAAUUGGACUUAAACGUGUUGUUACCAGAAUUAUAAUGUGCUUUUUAUUCUGGGGAUUUUUCUGGUCAAUCACAGCAAUAACAAAUCAUAGUGCUCUCCCAGGAGGAAAUUUAUUUGGUAUUUUGAUGGUUUUCUUGUUUGGUAUAGCAGGGGAAUCGUUAAUUGAAAAAAUACCACUUCCAUUUGACCUUCCAGGACUUCCUCCAUUACUCGCUUCGCUUGUGGUUGGCAUUAUUUUGCGAAAUGUGCCCGGAAUUUCAGUUGCAAAAUGGAUCAAACCGAACUGGUCGUUUACACUCCGACAGAUGGCACUCGGGGUUAUUUUAGGAGAAGCCGGUGUUGAAGUCGACAAGCAGCAAAUGUAUCUCUUGAGAUGGGUCGUACCAAGACUGUCGUUUUUACCUUGUUUGAGCGAAGCUUUUUCUUGGGGAAUUUUUUCGCAUUGGAUUCUAUCUUUGCCAUGGCUAUGGUCAUUCAUGCUUGGUUUCGUAUGCGGUGCAGUUGCUCCAGCUUGUGUUGUCCCAUCGAUGAUUAGAUUUCAAGCGAAAGGAAUGGGGGUUCUGCGAGGAGUUCCAACACUUUGUAUGGCUGCUGCGUCGAUUGACGAUAUUAUUGCUAUCAAUGGAUUUAACAUACUUCUCACAAUUACCUUUUCAACAGGUGGAAUUGGGUAUGAUAUUGGAGUGGCGGUCGUUGAAAUAUGCUUGGGAAUCAUUCUGGGUAUGAUUGCCGGAUACCUUAUGUGGUUCUUCCCUGAUCCAAGACAGCACAACAUCGUCAGAGAUCGAACGUUUUUAUUGGUUUUCACGUCAUGGUUUCUCAUCUUUAUGACAAAUGUUGUCAACUUAUCUGGCGCCGGGACUCUUGGUACAUUGACAUGCUCAUUUGUAGGAUCACUUGGAUGGCCUUUGGAACAAGUGCAUGCUGUGGCUAAAGUGUACAAGUCGGUUUGGUAUUGGUUUUCACCACUUCUUUUUGGUUUGACUGGAGCAAAUGUGGACGUCACUAUUAUGGAUGGACAUACAAUUGGUUUGGCCGUUGGAUGCAUGUGUCUUUGUCUUGCUGUACGAUUAACGGUGGCUGGAUCAGCAGUGUCAUUCCUGGGUUGGAUGUAUAGAGAAAAAUUUAUGACCGCAGUAACAUGGAUUCCAAAAGCAACAGUUCAAGCUGCUAUUGGCGGGGUAGCUCUUGAUCAUGCAAACGAUUUAUGCGCCGGAAGAACAUGGCCUCCACUGUGCAACACAACUACGGGAACAACGGAAACGUAUUACGGCAGUGGAUUUAACUGGACAACUAGCGAUGUUAUGAUAACGUCAACUGAAAUAAUGACGACGGGAGCAAUGAAUACUACAUUCAAUAAUGAAACAUACGGAACUACAAUACCAAGUUGCGUGACUGAAUAUGAUUACCCAUCACCUCUAUAUUGUCAACAAAUAACCGGUUAUGGUACAUUAAUUCUUCAAGUAUCUGUCGUUGUUAUUCUUAUAACCGCACCAGUAGGAGUUUUUCUCAUUGGAGUUUUCGGGCCCAUUUUAUUGAGAGUCGACGAUCCAAAUAUAACUGGAAAGAAACCGCCAGAUGACAACAGUAUUGAGCUUGGAGAAAGCGCGUCUGGAUUUGAGGAGAAAAUGAGAGAUGAUGUCUUUGACCCAGGACAUGACAAUCAAGUUUUUACAAAAGAAUCGGAUACAAUGAAAUAUCCAACAUAUGCUAACGAGCCAGACAAGACAAGCACAUCAACGAAGCUAUGAAGUGCAGCUUGUAUAUGUUUGAAAUUAUUUAACUGCUGUAUAUUAUGAGCGAAACAAAUGGUGUCAUAUAUGACCGCGUUUUCGCUGCGUGUAAGACUCCCCAAGAGAAAAAUUAAUUGUAUAGUAAAGAAGCUGGGAUUACUUUAUAUUUGAAUUAUAUAUAUAUUGCAGUAUUCAACCUGUGUUAAUAAGUAUUAAUCGUGUAUUUUCAUUGAAUAACAUUAAUUAAUGGUAUCUCAUUUUAGUACUGUUCGGUUUUAGUAAAUUAUAAGUUACAGUAUUAGGUACAUUGCCGAUUGUUUUUGUUUUAAUUGUGUGAAUAAAAUAUAAAUGUGUGGUUUCAAAAUACUUCUGGCCGUGUAUGAUAUUUAAGGAUAAAGAAUAAAUGAAAGAUUGCAAUACAUAUACUUCUAGUUCACUGUUACAAUUUUUAUCGGGACAGCAAGAUGAAUAUGGUUGGCUGUAAGGCUUCGCUCAAUUUAUUUGAAAGAGAAACCAAAUUUAUGGUCGAUUUUUUUUCAGCCAGUGCAACUUGCAACAAAAUUACGUAUAUGCAGUUUUGCUGAAGGUGAGGUAAGCCGCGGGAUUGAAAUUUACUAGCAACACUUAUGGUUUUCUCAUAUAUAAUUCAGACGGUAGAGGAAAGGAGUUUUGGUUAUGCGAAUACUGUUAUCAGACAUUAAGUGGAAAUAUGACAACACUUUUUCACGGAGUUUUUUUUUAUCUUCAUGGAAAACUCGGUGCUCAGCUGGACAGAAAAAACCUUACCUUAACGAUAUCUCAGCGUGAAGUUGAGGAAAUUGCAUUUUUGUCAUUGGAGUUGAAGAGUAUGGGCUUUGGCGAAUUUACCAACCAACCAAUUGCCAAUAUUGAAUUAGAAAGCUUUCAGCCCAGCAAAUGCCUCGGCCGCUUCACCACGCCUAGGAUGUUUCAAAAGAUUUACUGAAACUUUUAAAUCAACAACCAUUUUCAUAUGCGACGGACCUGGACUAGCAAUCGGAAGAGAGACUGGAGUUUUCAAUAUCAUUGAAAGUCUU